AUGGGUGGGGCAUGGGAAAGAAUGAUCGGUAUUACCCGUAAGAUCCUCAAUUCAAUGCUGACUGAUGCCAGUGGAAAGACCUUAACGCAUGAUGUGCUGAACACAUUUAUGGCGGAGGUCUGUGCAAUCAUUAAUUCAAGACCUCUUGUUCCGAUAUCCACUGACCCAGAUUCCCCAUUGAUUCUGACCCCAGCAAUGCUAUUGACACAGAAGACCGAGUAUGAGUUCAAGGCCAAUUCACUAGGAGAAUUUGGUGGUCGAGACAUGUUCAAGGCUGAAUGGAGACGUGUUCAAGCUUUAGCUAGUGUAUUCUGGUCUCGUUGGAAGAAGGAGUAUCUACCGCUACUUCAGAGUCGUAGGAAGUGGACCAAGAAUCAACGUGACAUAGCAGAAGGAGAUGUAGUUCUUAUAAAAGACAAGACUGUUGAACAGAACUGCUGGCCUAUUGGCUUAGUUGUGAAAGCCUUCAAGAGUUCUGAUGAUCAUAUGCGAAAAGCUGAAAUUCGUACCAUUGUGAAUGGAAAGCCUACAGUGUAUAUCAGACCAGUCGUUGACAUGAUACUUCUCGUUGAAAGUGAAAUCGUAUAA